GCAACUGAGAAAAGCACGUAUACAGCCAACAGCAUACGUAUAUCUGUCUUCGAUUUUCUCUCGAAGUAGCUUCGUAAAGAACACGCUUUUUCGAGAAUUCCAAGUUCGAGUCGAAGUACAGUUUGCGCGCCGAUCCGCACGGUUCAUUCCGAGUCUCGAGAGUGCACGCACGGACGUACGGACGCGCUCCUCUUUAAAACCGGUUCAGUGUUGAGAAUCAGCAAAGGACGAGAAGCAAGAUGGCUGCCGCCACAAUGAACCACGUGUUCGACUACGAGAACGAGCUCAACGAUAAUCUCUACAACCUGAAGAUGUCGGGCAAGAGCACGGCCACCAACGGCAAACGGGUCAGAAGCGUGUUGAAGCCCAUUUUGAGAUUGUUGAAGAAGAAGACGAACAGAGGGAAAUACGCCAAAGACCAGAAGGCCGUGCCACAAGUGGAGAUCUUCACCGAGGAGGUGGACAAUCAGAAUAAUGCCAACGAAGCACUGGAGAGGCGACUGUUGGCGGAACUUCAAGACGCUGAGGAAGGAGCUGCCAUCACUGUCUGCUUGGACGGGCAGAUGACAGUCGUACCGGUUGUACCUGGUCAGUGCUACGUGCCCGUUCAUUUCGCGCACACCCACGCUGGCGACUUUUAUUGGACGACCCUGAGCAUGGCCGACAGUGACCUGUGCUACAAGGAACGCGCCUUCUCUCAACAUCAAACACCUGAGAUGCAGGUCGCGUGAAAAGUCACAUCAUCGGCGUACGAUCAAGUUCAACUACCUCGUGCUAGAAUGCACAUCACCCUCGGAAAUCGAUCUUCGAAGUCGAUGUUGAGGAUUCAUGGAGACCUUGGAAAACCACCUGCGAGGAUGCUCCGUCGUAACGUCCUAGUGACACGAAGAUUCGACGAGAAAUAAUGAAAACUUGCUGGGGAUCAAAACGGACGAAGAUGACGUCUACAAGAUGGAGCUGGGGAGAAUAUUUGACCUUGAGGGGCUGCCUCUCGCGCUGCCAGACUGCCUUUAGAUAAGAUAACAUCGAA